AUGCACAACGAGAAGGAUUUAGCCUUGGAUAAGGAAAAGAUUCAAAGAAUAGUGAAGGAUGCUGUUGAAAGUGUUAUACAACAUGAUACGCCCUAUGAUCAUUCUAAAGUGACUCACUGGGUUAAUAAUAUUAUUGAUAAAACAAUGAAGGCAACAACAGGUCUUUCAAAGCCAUUCAAAUAUAUUGUUACUUGUGUGAUUGUACAAAAUAACGGAGCUGGUUUCCAUACGGCAUCAUCUUGUUAUUGGGAAACAACUGACGACAGUUAUAUUGACAAGUUUGAAGGACAGAAUUUGUAUUGUAUAACCAGUGUUUAUUGGAUAAGUCUCUAA